AUGCUGUUGACAUGGCUGAUGUUCAGCAUCUUUGCCAUCGCUAGUGCUCAGGCCCCGUGCACGUGGAAUGCGACGGAACCGUGCUACUUGCAUCUUGGAAGUGUGUUUGAGUACCGGGACAGAGGCACCAGUGGAAGUCAAAGUGAUUCCACUAGUCGCGAGAGCGAUUGUGACGGGAGGUCCUUUCAGCCUUACCUAGAUGCCAUCAACAGCCUAAAUGGUGGCAAAGGCCUUAUGGUUCACUCGGCCGGCUUAGAGAUUGCUCAGUCAAGGCCCUACCCGAAGUAUUACUACCGCUUAAACUACACGAGGCUAACGUUUGAAGACUGGAGCCACGGACAAGCCUUGGGUCAACAGCACUUUCCCGAAUGGUCUUACAUCGCGGGUAUGGGCAACGGCUGCAAUGACGAGCUGCUCGUCGAACAAGCCAAGCUCGCCAACGCAACGGAACGGAUUUGGGUGAGCCCACGAGGGCCCUGGAGCCAGUUGUCGAGGGCUUCUGGUGGGCCCCUGCCCUGGGCUUUCAGUUCUCACCUCGACUCCUGGGACUAUGCAAAAUUGGCCGCCCAGCAAUUCGCCUUGAAAAUGGGGAGGGCUGCGAAAAAAACUGCCGCCAUUCUUUACUCUUGCUGCGGCAACAAGUUCUUCGAAGGAGUUCGAUUGGGAGCACAGCAACACUUGGAGGACAAUGGAAUCACCAUCAGCUUGCAUGAAGGGGUUCUGAGCGAUACAGCCGUCUCAGACAUAGAGAAUGCAGUCGAGCGCCUCGUGGCCAUGGAAGUAGACGUUGUGUUCACAUCCCUCGGAGGACAAGACUUCGGCGUGUUUGUUGAAAGCCUUGAAAAGCAUCGUGAGCUUCAUGUUCCCUCCGGCAUCUUCGCUGUGAACCUCCCCUGGGUACGGAAUGGUGUUGAGUGCUGGGGCUUGGGAAAGAACUGCACGCACUUCCUUACAGGUGCACAAGUUAUGGCUUUUCCGCGGAUUACAAACUCUUCUCGAGACGGGGUGAUCGGCCUCAACGGCUCAGAGUGGAGGGCGCAGUCGGCUUUUAGCUCCGUCGAUUAUGACCUUGAGAUUGGAUUGUCAGCAUUUCUCCAAGCUGUCCAGGGCGUCUUUCAGUUUCGUGAAGUUAGAGAUCCCGUGAAUCUCCUCCAUUCUGCGGCUGAUCCGGACGUGUACACGGCGGUGCGCAACCUGAUGUUGUCCGGCGAUGUCUUCGGAAACACGUUCGCCGGGCCGGCCGCUUUCAGCCCAUUAGGGCAGAUGAAAGGGAUGGCCCCCCCUGCGGCAACCGUGGCAUCGACUGGUGAUCUGGCGGUGCUCUUUCCGCCCGAAUUUGCGCAGGCCCCUUUUGAGUACCCUGUGCCAGCUGCUCAAAACUGUGAAGCCAACUUCUACAAGAACUUCAGUGAAGUCAGUUGCCCCUUCUGUGCAGCAGAGUGCACCCACUGCCCAGAGCACAGCGAACGACUGGACCCUGCCACCACGUCCAGUUGCAAGGAACUGUACUACGCAGGGAACAGCUCCGAAUGCAAGUUGUGCCCCGAGGGUCUGAUUUGCAAAGGUGGCUCUGAGCUCGGGAACCUGAACCUGUCCAGAGGCUUUUGGCGCGCCGGGCGGUUUGUUGAGGAGAUCCGUCCUUGCCAGGUGGACGCUUGCUUGGGUGGCACGCAUACGGAGACCAAAGCUGUGACGAAGGCCACAUGGGGCCUUGAGCACGAUUGCAUUUACCCCAACACGUUCUAUGAUCGCCUUGUGGUGACGACUUUGCUUCCAAUCAGCAUAUGGCUUGUCCUUGCAGUCGUUUGCUACUUCCGAGUUUGGUCUUUAAACGCGGAGAAGCGCCAAAGGGAUGAAAUUCAGUCGAAUUUCAUUGGCGCGGCUUUGAUGGUGGCAUACUUGGUUCUCCCGUCUGUGUCAAGCACUAUCUUUGAUACGUUUAAGUGUCAGUCGUUCAGUCUGGAUGACGAACGUGUGGGGAGAUUCCUGCAAGCAGAUCUUGCCAUCGACUGCAAUGCAGAGGUCCAUAAUAGAUUCAUGAUCUAUGCUGGCAUCAUGACAGUGGUCUAUCCUGUCGGCAUUCCAAUCUGGAUGGCAGCGAGUUUAUGGCGACAUCGGAGGUCGAUCGACCCCAGCGUGAGCAUGCACGAGAUGUUGAAGGCCCAGGAGAUCCUCGACGGCAAGAGACCCACAGGAAGUUUGAAAUCCAAGUUCUUGCAAGCCUCGAAGCUGUCGAAGCUGUCUUUCUUGUCCAAGAGUGGAAGCCGCUUAGUAGGCCUAGGCUCAUCAGACGAGCUCUCGGCUUCCGAAGAGAAUCGUACCGGUCUGGUGCAGGCUCCCAACAAGCCUUCUGCUUGUUUUUGGUUGAUUGGCAAAAAGUAG